UCAGUCCUUUCUACAUUGCUUGUCAUCAUGUCUGGUCGUGGCAAAGGAGGCAAAGGUUUGGGCAAAGGGGGUGCCAAGCGGCACAGGAAGGUGCUCCGCGAUAACAUCCAAGGCAUCACCAAGCCUGCCAUCCGCCGCUUGGCUCGGCGCGGCGGCGUCAAGCGUAUCUCGGGACUCAUCUACGAGGAGACCCGCGGCGUGCUGAAGGUGUUCCUGGAGAACGUGAUCCGGGACGCCGUCACCUACACCGAGCACGCCAAGAGGAAGACUGUCACUGCCAUGGACGUGGUCUACGCCCUCAAGCGCCAGGGCCGAACCCUCUACGGCUUCGGCGAUGAGAAUUCUACCAUUGAACCGUCUAUCUUCGAAAUGUCUGGCCGAGGCAAAGGCGGGAAGGGACUUGGAAAGGGGGGUGCCAAGCGGCACAGGAAGGUGCUCCGUGAUAACAUCCAAGGCAUCACCAAGCCUGCCAUCCGCCGCCUGGCUCGGCGCGGCGGCGUCAAGCGUAUCUCGGGACUCAUCUACGAGGAGACCCGCGGCGUGCUGAAGGUGUUCCUGGAGAACGUGAUCCGGGACGCCGUCACCUACACCGAGCACGCCAAGAGGAAGACUGUCACUGCCAUGGACGUGGUCUACGCCCUCAAGCGCCAGGGCCGAACCCUCUACGGCUUUGGCGGCUAAA